AUGACAGCGGCCUGCAGUCAGGGUGCUGGGCCUCCCCUGCCCGUGUGCAGAGCCCCAUGUGACACACGUCACGCAGGCGUGCACACACUGCAGGCCAUAGGCAUGUGCACAUGUGCUCAGACGCAUACAUGCUCCAGGCGUGCCACCUACAAGAGCCGGCCUCAUGGCGAGUGCCUCUCAUCCUCAUGCGCUUCGUCCCAUGAGUCUCGCCGUGAUCCAGACACAAGGGUGGAUGUCCGCUUCAGCGCAGCCCCUCCUGUCCUGGCCAUGGUCUUUGCUGCCCCCAGCCCUGCUCCUGGAAGGAGACAGACCCUCUGGAGGGAUGAAAGCCUGCCCCCUAGAGAGACACAGCCUGGGGCCCAGGGGCGCCAUGUGCAUGGGGCUGUCCAUGAAGGGCGUCUGUGCGCACUGCGCUGCCUGGGGCUCCGGGGCUCCAGGCAGGCCCAUCUCAGGGAGGGCACACAGAGGCCCCUGCCGUUCUCCUCCCGAGAAACUAAACAUCGCAGGACUCUGUACGUGAAUGGGGGACGCUGA